CGAACGCGUUGGUACUAACGGUUCAUUUCAGGAUCAGUAAGAUCGGUGGUCUUCAAUUUAUUUCCCGUCUAUCGGUCCCAGGAACAACCCGGCAGCAUGAUUACGAUCGCACUAAUCGGCGGGGUUUGGCUAGCGCUUUACCUGUACUGCAGGUAUCGGUUCGGGUUUGGCGAUAAGAUUCCGGCAGUGCAACCGUGGACACCGUUUUUCGGGAACGGGCUUGAGUUUGCGCAGAAGAAUUCGUACGAAAUUUUCGCCAGUUUGACGCGGGCAUUCAAGGAUAAUAAGCGCGUUUUUAAGCUGUGCUUUGGACCGAUCGUAACCGUCUGCCCGACGCAUCCGGAUCUGAUCCAGAAGGUACUGACGAGUCCUGCCAGUAUGGAUAAACCGUACGUGUACUAUUUCCUGCGAGUUCCGGGAGGAUUGCUGAUAGCGGAAUACGAUGUCUGGAAAGUGCACCGCAAGGUGUUGAAUCCGACCUUCAACACUCGUAUCCUGAACAGUUUCAUUCCGAUCUUCACCGAUUGCGUGAACAAGAUGAUCACCAACAUGUACAAACACGAUAAUCCGGAAAAAGCGGUAAAUAUCCUCCAUUACACCUCACCCUGCACACUAGCUAUGAUCUGUCGAACAUCCCUCGGCGGCAAAGUGCUGGAACGAGAAGGAACGGACCAGUUCCUUGAACAGUUGGAAAUCAUACUUCGAAACGUGGGUUUACGCAUGUUCAAUGCCAACCUGCAUCCCGAAAUUGUCUAUCGAUACACCCGUUUCUACCGUCACGAGAUGAAUGCACGGAAGAUUUGUUAUGCAUUCACCGAUAAGAUCAUUAUUGAAAAGAUGGAAGAGUUCGCACAUGUCAGGCAGAGAAAUGACACCAACAACAACCCGAACGCUUUGACCAACGGAACCGACGGCAAAGCGGCCAACAACAAAGUCAUCGAAGAGGAGAAAGAUGACAUGUUGGCCUACAAGAAGCCACAAAUCUUUAUCGACCAGUUGAUGACGAUUCCGCUGCCAGAUGGAAAACUGUUUACGCAUGCCGAGAUAACCGAUCACAUCUACACGAUGAUUGCGGCUGGAAACGAAACUUCCGCAACACAAGCAGCUCACACUGCCCUUUUGCUGGCCAUGCAUCCUGAAAUACAGGAGAAAGCCGUUGCCGAACUGAAGGAGGUUAUGCCAACAGCGGAUACGGCUUAUACUCCUGAAAUACUCAAACAGCUGGAGUACAUGGAUCGGAUCAUCAAGGAAUCGACGCGUCUCUGCCCGGUCGCUGCCGUGUUCGGUAGGAAGACCUUGGCUGACCUGCAGCUAGAUGAGUUCAUUAUUCCGAAGGGGAACAUUUUCAUUAUAAACAUUUUCGCGCUACAUCGGCGGAAAGAGUUCUGGGGGGAGGACGCCGAGCAAUUCAACCCGGAUCGGUUUCUGCCGGAACUGUGCAAGAAUCGCCAUCCGUUUGCCUAUCUCCCGUUCAGUGGAGGUACUAGAGGGUGUAUAGGGAGUCGCUACGCGACGAUGAGCCUCAAAACAAUCAUAUCGGAAAUGCUACGGAAUUUCAAGCUGACUACUGACAUCCCGUUCGAGGAAAUGAAGUUUAAGUUCAAAGUAUCAAUGCACCUGGCUUACGAUCACAGAAUUUUCUUAGAACCCCGCAAUUUGUACUCUUAGCACCUUGCUUCCUCUAAAUAAUUCUCACCUGCCGUGCGUGAACUUAAAGAGUGCCUCAAAUUUACACAGUUACCAUCCGAAUAAUCGGAAUUACACUAUUUUUUAAAUGAUUUGUAAUCGCUAUUGAUGAAACAGUAAUAAAACAC